UUUCCUACGAAGCUUUUCUCUGGGUAGGAGCAACAUUCCACGUUUGCAGUGUUGCAGUCCUGAAUUCCGCCUAGAAGCUCGGGCCAGGAGGAUGAUCCAGUCAGACAAGGGAGCAGAUCCGCCGGGUACGGACGUGAAGUGUUCUACGGCAUCCAGGCCAGAGAAUGGUCUCUCCCGAAUCCUGAGGCUUGUGCUGCAAGAGCUGAAUCUGUUCUACAGCCGAGAUGUGAACGGACUGUGUCUCCUGUACGACCUCCUCCACUCCCCGUGGCUGCAGGCCCUGCUGAAGGUUUAUGACUGCCUCCAGGAAUUUAAAGAAAAGCAACUCGCUCCGGCCAGCUCCCAUGCGCAGGCGUUAUGCUAUGAGGUGGUGGAGAUAUUACAUGCAAACUCUAGCUCCCCUGAGAUCCAAGAACUGAGAGAAAUCCUCCAGGCUCCACACUUUCAGGCCUUGCUCAGCGCCCAUGACACUGUUGCUCAGAAAGAUUUCGAGCCCCUUCUCCCCCCACUGCCAGAUAACAUCCCUGAGAGCGAGGAAGCAAUGAGGAUUGUGUGUCUGGUGAAAAAUCAACAGCCCCUGGGAGCUACCAUCAAGCGCCAUGAGAUGACUGGGGACAUCCUGGUGGCCAGAAUCAUCCACGGCGGGCUGGCCGAAAGGAGUGGUCUAUUGUAUGCUGGAGACAAACUGGUGGAAGUGAAUGGAAUUUCGGUGGAGGGACUGGACCCUGAGCAAGUGAUCCAUAUUCUGGCCAUGUCCCGUGGCACAAUCAUGUUCAAGGUGGUUCCAGUUUCUGACCCUCCUGUUAAUAGCCAGAAGAUGGUGUAUGUUCGUGCCAUGACUGAGUACUGGCCCCAAGAGGACCCCACCAUCCCGUGCAUGGAUGCAGGGUUGCCUUUCCAGAAGGGGGACAUCCUCCAGAUUGUGGACCAGAAUGAUGCCCUCUGGUGGCAGGCCCGGAAAAUCUCAGACCUCGGUUCCUGUGCCGGCCUAAUCCCUUCUAACCACCUUCUGAAGAGGAAGCAACGAGAGUCCUGGUGGUCUCAGCCAUACCAGCCUGACACCCACCUCAAAUCAACCAUCUUGACAUCUAUGGAAGAAGAGGACGACAUGAGGAUUGACGAGAAAUGUGUGGAAGCAGAGGAACUUUCAGAAGACAAGGAGGAAUUUGUUGGUUACGGUCAGAAAUUCUUUAUCGCGGGUUUCCGCCGCAGCCUGCGCCUCUGCCGCCGGAAGUCCCACCUCAGCCAGCUGCGCGCAGGUGUGUGCUGUGCCAGCAGCUGCAGCAGCGCACUGGGCGCCCCUUACGAGGAGGUGGUGAGGUACCAGCGGCGCCCUUCAGACAGCCACCGCCUCAUCGUGCUCGUGGGGCCUUCUGGUGUUGGAGUGAAUGAACUGAGGAGACAACUUAUUGAACUUAAUCCUAACCAUUUUCAAAGUGCUGUGCCGCAUACUACUCGUUCCAAAAAGAGUUAUGAAAUGGAUGGACGUGAGUAUCACUAUGUGUCCAAGGAAACAUUUGAAAGCCUCAUGUACAGUCACAGGAUGCUCGAGUACGGUGAGUACAAAGGCCACUUCUACGGCACCAGUGUGGAUGCCGUUCGCGCUGUCCUCGAGGAAGGGAAGAUCUGUGUCAUGGACUUAGAGCCUCAGGAUAUUCAAGUGGCUCGAACCCAUGAACUGAAGCCCUAUGUCAUAUUUAUAAAGCCAUCUAACAUGAGUUGUAUGAAAAGAUCUAGGAAAAAUGCCAAGAUCAUAACAGACUACUUUGUGGACAUGAAGUUCAAGGAUGAAGAUCUGCAAGAGAUAGAGGAUUUAGCCCAAAAAAUGGAGACUCAGUUUGGCCAGUUUUUUGAUCACGUGAUUAUCAAUGACAACCUGCAAGAUGCAUGUGCCCAGUUGUUGUCUGCAGUUCAGAAGGCUCAGGAGGAGCCUCAGUGGGUACCAGCAACAUGGGUUUCUUCUGGUACUGAGUCUUAAGGGCUUCUGCUUCAUGUUGGAGUCUUAACAAUGUUCAUCUGUUACAGAGCUCUGGAAUAGCUGCAAUCUAAAACAGCACUAUAUGCCCUAUUAUAAUGUAUGCAACUUUAAAAGUCCCACAGUUUAUUAAUUAAUCUUACUUGAAAAAAAUAUUUGCAUUGUAUGGUUAUGCAGAAUUACCUAUUUGCCUUUUAGGGGGAAAAAACUUGUUUUCCUUUACUUUUACAGCAUUUGGCAGAAUAUGAACAAGGUCAAGUCACUUAGUUUGAGAACCUUUCAUUGAUUUCAUAUAGUCUUUGUACGACUCAGAUAAAAAGAGCUUUCCUAAAUAAAAUAAGUAAUAUUUAAUUUCA